AUGACCACCAUCACUUCAGUUUUGUCCCUCUUGUUCUUUCUUUACUUUCUUAUUGCCAAGUCUCAUGCAGACAACAUUGGAGCUGCCACACCACCACCACUAUCGACGGUGUCACCUCCAGAUGGUUCUGUGGAAUUCCCCGAGUCAGUCUACUGCAAUCAGUUUAAUUCAAAAUGCUUUGGCCAAAUCAUUUCCUGCCCCUCCCAGUGCCCUACAUUCAAGCCCUAUGAUCCCAAGAAUAAAGGCUGUUUUGCAGAUUGUAAUUCCAAAAAAUGUGAAGCCAUUUGCAGAACUCGCAGGCCAAACUGUAAUGGUAUAGGUGCAGCCUGUUAUGAUCCAAGGUUUGUUGGAGGAGAUGGUGUCAUGUUCUACUUCCACGGAAAGACAAACGAGCAUUUUAGCUUGGUAUCUGACUCUAAUCUUCAAAUAAAUGCUCGAUUCAUUGGAAGCCGACCUUCUGGAAGAUCCCGUGACAACACAUGGAUUCAAGCCUUAGGUCUCAUGUUCGACUCUCACUCGUUCACUCUAGCAGCGAACAAGGUGGCACAAUGGGACGACCAAGUCGACCAACUCCUCUUCACCUAUGAUGGCACACCAUUCAACAUUCCUCAAGGUCACCUCUCUACUUGGACUAGCCCUGACCUAAAUAAUAUUGUGGUGGAGAGGACAGCAAAGUACAAUAGCGUUGCAGUUACAUUGCUCAAUGUUGUUGAGAUAUCUGUGAAAAUUGUUCCCAUAACCAAGGAAGACGACCGCAUACACAAGUAUGAAAUACCAUCCGAUGAUUGUUUUACACAUUUGGAGGUGCAACUCAAGUUUUUCAAUCUGUCAGAGAAGGUGGAAGGUGUCUUAGGGCAGACGUAUCGUCCUGAUUUCGAGAAUCCAGUGAAGAGAGGGGUUCCAAUGCCAAUCAUGGGCGGGGAGAACAAGUACAAGACCUCUUCUCUUGUAUCAGCAGAUUGUAACUUGUGCAUUUUCUCACCAUCCUCGAAACCUCAAUAUGCAGCUAAACUAUUGGCAUUGAAUACCGAUUCCACUUUGGAUUGCACUAGCAACACAGGUAAUGGCCAUGGAUCAGUGGUUUUUUGUCGCCGGUAG